UUUGGUAUGGGCAUCGGUUUUAGAUUAUAAAUUUUAAAAUUAUCGAUUAAGAAUUCUGUGGGGAAAAAAAAGAUUACAAAUUUUGUUUUUACAGUAAUAACAAUUGUAAAAUAAAAUUUAAUGAGAUUAGUAUUUGAAAGAGAAAGGAAAAAAUCACCAAAUAGGGUACUAUUUUAACAAAGCACCAAACAUUCCCCUGUGGGCAGACUCUUGCUUCAACGUCCAGGCUCCAGCUCCCGUUUUCUGCAAGUGCACUGAACUCCGCCAACGUCUGAUCGAGCUCUGAAUUCGAAAUUGGGGCGCUGCGCGUAAUCAGAGCAACAGAUAGCAACCAUGGAUGUUGAUUCCCAACCAAUGAUGGAGGAAACUAUUUUGGUCGGUGAUGAUCUUAUGAUGGGACCACCAUCACCACUCAUUCCGCCAGAGAUUGCCUCUCAUGUAUUAGAAGGUGUUGACUUAUGUGAUGGGGUAUUGAGGAACUUUUUUCUAUGCUUGCAAAUCAAUGAUAUUGAGCCAUUUUGUCAAGAUGAGAUUGUUGUAUAUAAGCAAUGUGCAGAGAAAAGGGAUAAGGAACUAAGGCAACGGCUUCAAGAUAGCGAACACAAAUUGGGGUUAUCUAUGCCUUUUGAAGAAGCAAAGGAACGAGCUGCUCAGCUUGAGUCAGAAGUCACGUCAUUGGAUAGGCGGUUAAUUCUGGCCAGUGGAAUUGAAGGCAUGGAAGGAUUUCGACAGCGAUGGAGUUUGCAUGGGCGCCUCACAGAUACCAAGAGAAGGUUAGAGGCCUUGAAGCAGGGAAUAGAGAAGAAAAAAAAGGAUGAGCCAGUCGGAGGUUCUACGACAAAAAGAUGGUUCUUUUGGUGAGACUAAAUGCUGCCACCUUGUGGAUUACUGUACGGGUAUCUGCUCCUGUGAUAGUGGUGAAAGUAGGAGCUUCUAGAUCAUCGCCAAAUAUUCUCUUGUGCUAAGAUCUGGUAAAACCUUGUGGUGGUGUACUGAACUGAAGCAACAAUGCGUAUUAAAUAGUCCGAACAAGAGGCUUAGAUUGUAGUAGCAAAUUAUCUACUAUUUAGUUUGGACUCUCCUCAUUUGUCAACAAUUGUUGGAACUUGGAAGUAAGAACAGAAAAAUCCCUAAUUUUUAACCCAAUUGAUUAUGAUU